CUUCCGGUUUAAGUAACGAAUGAAAACACAGAGGAGAGGAGGUUGAUUUCAAGCUGAAUUGACCCAAAAUGGCUGUGGCCAUAAGCUCAACAUGUCCAGGCCUCUACUGUGGCAGGAUGACGGUCAAUGGAUCUGUGGAGGGAGAAUGUGGGGUGUGCCCUCGUGGAGAGCGGGCCAACCUCCAGAAGAUAUGCCAACGCUGCACUGAGUCACCUGAACUCUACGACUGGCUCUAUCUGGGAUUCAUGGCCAUGUUGCCUCUAGUUCUACAUUGGUUCUUCAUUGAGUGGUACUCGGGGAAAAAGAGUUCCAGUGCUCUCCUGCAGCACAUCACAGCCAUGUUGGAGUGCAGUGUGUCAGCUGUGGUCACUCUGCUGGUCAUAGAGCCGGUGGGGAAGCUCACUAUCCGUUCCUGUGGAGUCCAGAUGCUCUCAGACUGGUACACCAUGCUGUACAACCCUAGUCCAGACUACAUCAACACAAUACACUGCACGCAGGAGGCCGUCUACCCACUAUACACCAUUGUUUUGAUCUACUAUGCAUUCUGCUUGGUGCUGAUGAUGCUCCUGCGCCCCCUGUUGGUGAAGAAGAUAGCCUGUGGUCUGGGCAAAUCAGACCGCUUCAAGAGCAUCUAUGCUGCUCUAUACUUCUUCCCCAUCCUCACUGUGCUGCAGGCUGUGGGAGGAGGACUGCUCUACUAUGCAUUUCCCUACAUCAUGCUGGUGCUGUCUUUGGUCACUCUGGCUGUUUACAUGUCUGCCUCUGAGAUACAGUCUUUUAAAACCCUGGUGGCCAAGAAGAAGCGUCUGGUGGUGUUGUUCAGCCACUGGCUGCUCCACGCCUACGGGAUCAUCUCCAUCUCCCGACUGGACAAGCUGGAGCAGGACCUGCCGCUGUUAGCCCUCGUGCCUGGCCCCGCCCUCUUCUAUAUUGUCACCGCAAAGUUCACUGAGCCAAGUCGCAUCCUGUCUGAGGGCAGCAAUGGACACUGAGCUUGCCUUUGGUCCCAGUUGUACAUGCUGUAAAGCUAUAAUGACAACAUCAGAAGCUUAGUACACGUCUGCUCAUUAUUUAACUUUAAGUUCAGGUCAGGUGGAUAAAAAGGAUGCGUUCCAUUUACAGAACUGGGAGUGAAGUCUGAAAAAAAAACAGGGCUGCAAAUGUAUCUCAGGCUAGCCAUUGUUAACUAGCGUUAGCAAUACCAGUCAAUUGCAAUGCUAGGUAGCAACAUGGCUAGCAUUAAAUUAAGAACAGUACUAUGUGUACAAGUGAUUUACAGUGAAACAGACGUGGUUAAAUAUCAGUGCUCGUUUGGUCUUGGAGUCCCGUGGCGGAGUUGGAAAUCCAAGUUCGUUGGAGUUCUGACUACAAAUGAAACACACCACAACAUUUGUAGGUUUCAUUUUGACGGUAGUUUCUUGAUCUUUUUACCUGUUGACAUCAUUGAAAGAUCUCUAAACCACGUCACACACAUGUUGCAGUUGAGGGGAGACCCCAUGAAAAAUGACUUUGACUAAAGUGAGAACUGCUCACGGAAGUCUGACUUAUUCUCUGACAUGGAACACUUUUAAAUUGUGUCAAGUGAUAGAAAUAACAUAACUUAGACAGAUAAAGGACAUGAGGAAAAAAAACCUUAAUGCUUUAUCUCUACAGACUUUCAUGUGACAAAGCCAAAGGUUUACAAAGUGACAUCAACUGCAGUUAAGGUGGAAUAGGCUGAAUUUCUCAAGUGUACACAAUGCAGUCUGUGGUUUUGGAAUGUGAGCACAAACUAGUGCAUAUUUGUGUAUCUUACUGAACUUAAAGAGAUUUCUUUUAAACCUGAGCUUUAUGUUUAUAAAAUGUGUGUGUACUUGUGAAUAGUAUUUAAUAGUAUUUCAAAUUCAGAGUGAGCGCUGAAUGGUACUAGUGCUGUUGUCGGACUUGCUCCAAAACAACUAUAGCCAUUUAUUAGCUUGGAUAAGAACUUUUAGUGGACUUAAAGCAAAAUAUUGCAGUUGCCUUAUAGGAUCAAAAGUACUUUUUAAGCACUAUUAACUUUUUAACACACAUUUAUAAAUGUAGAUUAAACAGUCCUGAAAUUCCCCUUUUAAAGCUACAGUAGGCAGUAUUGCAGGAAAUGUAGUUGAUUGUUCAGUUUGUUCACAGUUCAGUAACAUUGUGGGAUGGCGACUGACCAAUAACCACAUUUAUGUUUUACCUUAAAACUCAUUAAGAUUAAAAGUCUCUUAAACGGUGUCCUGGACAUGACAUGGAUACAACCAUUACAAAAAUAUACAUACAAAUCUCCUUAAGACAGGAAAAGUCAAGUAUAAAAUCACAUCAAGCAAUUUUGUAAAAUAUCUAAAGCCAGAUGUUUUCUACCUCCAAAUCAGUUAACAAGUGUUCAAUGAGACCAGAUCCUUCAGUUUCAGACCAUUUUCAACCGCUUUAUUCAAUCUCUGAAAUGUUGAUCUUACUCGGAUCACUUGGUUUAUGUGAAAUUGUAUUAUGUAAUUAUUGAACAACAAUGCCUCAUAAAGAACUCUACCUUUUAUAUUAUUGUAUAUGUGUCUUGUGCUGUUUAUUUUGCUGUAAUCCCUCCAAUGGUUUUCUUGGACAAUGACGUGUAAUAUUGUACAUAUGUGAAUGCUAUAUGUGAAUAUCAGUGUGUUGAUGUUCAGUUGGAUUUGGUUCAUGCAGAGUGAGUCUGUUGAGUCGACUCCGUCACAAAUAAAAUAAGAAUAACAUCCA